UGCGAUUCGGUUUCCGCGUGGUUUUCGCGUGUCGUCGAUCUCGGACACGUUUCUCGUCUCCGUCCCGCUUCCGUACCGCAUUCGUUGGCUCGGUUCGCGUGAUCACAGGUUUCUCCCCUCUGAGGCCGUUCGCACGAGACCGCCGCGUGAUGUCGGACCAAGCACGCGGUUAUUCCACUCGCGCCUCUUUCGCCGGUUCGCAGUUUCGCGUGUUUUCGAUCGCAAUGUGCAGAGGCUCCGCAGGGAAGUUUGAACGGAGAUCGUCGAACCGUUGCUUCGGCGCGCGAUAAACGAAGACGGAUCGAGUGCUUGCGCUUUGCGAGUAUUCGUUGCUCGAAGGAUUAUCAGAUCAAAACUUUUCGGUAAAUUAUUUAUCGGCGCGAUAUAAAGGUUAGAUUUGAAAGAAAACUUGCGAACAAGAUACGGCCGUUGAAUUUUCCAUACGCCGAUCGUUUUAUGAAUAUCUAAACAGCAGUUGAGGAAGGAACAGUGACAAGCAGCUCGGUUAGAUUUUCCGUGAGCAAGGGACGUUAUCAGACGGAUUGGCGGCAUAUUAUCGAGAGCAGGAAUAAAUCGGUGACAUUAAGCCUCUUGUCUCGCCACGGUCGGUGAAUUUUCGAACUGAAACAGUGGAAGGUGUAAUACUGGAUCGGUUAUUAAUAAAUAAAGUGCAACUCCGGGGAGGAAACGGUCGAUCGAAGCGUGAAUACAGCGGAUAAAGAACAAGUUGAUAAUCUGGGAUAAAGUAUAAAUAAAUAUUAUCGAGCUAGCAACCGGCGAAACUUGCGUAACCAAGCUUUCCUUACAAGUGUUAAAUGACACCUGUGCGAAUGUAACAACGCAUGGAUCCCGAUGAUCGUCCAUCGAUCGAACAGCCGAUGGAGAAGAGCAGGCCGUGCGCGUGCCGGCUUCGCGAGGCUGCCGGCGCGCCGGUGCACAAGCGGGCAAACUGAAUUUAAUGUUAUGGUAACGCGAAUCGAUCGCGGGAUACAGGCAACCCUUGCUCGACGCGAUCCUUCCGUGUCCGUGCAUGCACGUAAACGGGCGCGGACGUUGUAAACGCUCCCGUAAAGAACGAGAAGAGGUAAUUGAACUAUCGGGUUCCCUUCCAGUCGAAUUAAUUCGGUGGAACUAUUCGCUCGUUGUAACUCCCACGAUCGAGUUUGAGAGGUUCGCGUGAAGACCAUCCGUACUGGGGAUUCGUGUUUUUCGAAAACAACCAACAAGAAUUUCGAAGAAGGAAAGGUGAGUGCGAUGAUAAAAAAGAAAGGAGUUGGGAACCUUUUCUGGGUAGAAGCGUUGCAACAAGCACGUGCGACCGUUUGGAAGUGAUCAAUCAGCGCGAACGGUUUCCGCAAGGAACAUCCAUCAAGAGAAACCGCUAAGACAUCAACGCCUUUCGUUUCUACGGUUAACGAUCCUAAUAUGUCCGUGAUUAGAAUCGGCCAUUUAAAACGGUAAUAUCGAAACGUGGAUGAUAAUCAUCUUCAGGAUGGCUGGCUAUCGCACGUAACCCUUCUGGCAAUUAGGGGAUGAGUAGGGGCCGGAGGUCGCGUGACGCAUAACGUAUUCUUAGAGGCUACACGUAUUUGCCAGAAAUUUCGGACGCGUACGUGACGUGAAAGAUUUCGGGCGAACGAGAAUUGGCCGCGACGGAGGAUCCCUAUUUCGGGUCGCGCGGUUAAGCAGCAGCCGAGGUCAGUGUUCCUGGCAUAAAUUUUUGUCCCGCCGCCGCCUCGCCGCGGCACGCCGGAAACCUUAUCGAGCCGCAUGCACGGGCUCGGAUAAAACAGGGAAAUAACGAAGUUGUUCUAUUUGUUCGGUCGACCGAAUAACGUUCAAUGCGUUCUCAUCGCGCGGGAACCACCGGAUUUGCUCGAAAGCCGUUGAAAGGCGACGUCGAUGGCCCUCGUAACGAGAACGUAGCACCACGUCGGUGCCGAGAAUCCACAGGUCGAUAAAUUUUAGAUCAACGACUCGACGCAACUGCGAGCUAAUCGAAACUUUGUGAAAUAUCGUAUUCGAAGGAAAAAAUGUAAGCACGCGGUUCAGUUAUGAAAUCGAGGAUUGUCGAUUUUCUACGGGGCUGAAACUCUAUGCUGGAGGAAGUAAGCAGACCUCGCAUCGUUGAUUGGAUUUACCAAUCGGUGUGGCGACGAUUUGCUCUACGGGCGAUCUGGUGUAAUUUAAAGAAUCCUCGAGACAAACGGGCUUGCACCGGACGUGGCGCUCGCGUCUCGAGAAAGUUUCGCGUAUGAAGGAGAGAGAACGAGCGAUCACGAUGCUGGCAAUCCCAACCCUGGAAAUCAGCGAGAACGAAAGCAAUUCCGCAAGAUAAACAAGUUCACCGAGAAGCACCGGAUGUACUGAUUGUCAUUAAAGUUGAUCAAACCUCCGGGACAGUUUAGCCAACACGACGAUAUCAGUUUAACGAGUGAAUCUCUUUGCUGAAAAUAGGCUCGCUGGGAUCACGGGAAAGUUUGUAAUAAAAAACGAAAAUUACAAUCGUAGAAUUGUUUUGAAGAAGGAUAGAUUAUUUAUGCGAAUUAAGAGAAUUUCAAUUCUUUGAGGACAGGAAGAAAGUACCGAAAUCAAAGGAAAUGACGCGCGAAACGUGGUAAUCCGGUCUAAAAUCGAGGCGAGACACGCAACAAGCCCGAAGGGUUGCGCUCGAGUCUCUUCAGGGACGUUGAACAAAUUACUUGACAUACGCCGGGUACGCUCGAAAACGAGAGGAAAUCCAUUAUCAAACAAUUGCUCCGUUAAGAGGAGCCCUACCCACCUUCCUGUAUCGAAACGCUAGUCAACUUAACAAUCGCGAUCGUGUUACGAUCGAAAUCCGCGGGAUAUCGCGUCGUUCACGGUCGACUAAUCCUUCGACGCACGAACUUUAAGGAAAAAUGAGAAACAGCCUAAUUAAAACGUAAUUUCAUGGUUUAAUCGCGAUUAAAACUGUGAUUUAUUGUUUCAUUUUAUCAAACUAAUUUCGACCGAUGGAACCAGUUAACUACGGGAAACAGAUGGUAGUGAGUGCAUUUCGUAUUUCGAAAUUGUAGUAGCAAGCGUGAUAACAGUCGCGCAUUGCAUCUUUACUCGAAACUCUGUGAAGUUGGAAUAUCGUAGGUGAGUGCGUGUAAACGGCAACAAUGAGUGUCGAACAUACGUGGCUGGGGUGUCGGGACGAUGAUGAAAAGUUGGCCGCGAUAAUAGGAGGGAAAAGAGAAUUGUCGCGUGGCUAAGUACGUGGGCAUGGCGCGGAAGUAGGUUUUCUUCCGGCUUCCGCUGGAGGAGAACCGAGGAACAAGUGGCCGCGAGGGAGAGUACGAUAAUGUCUAGACAAAGCAAAGACCCGGUGCACAAGUGCCACUCGGACCCGGGCGCCGCGAGUACCGUCGGCGGUGGUGCCAGCGCUACCGGCGGUACUCCUUGCAGUCCCGGUAAGCGAAUUUCUCGCCGGCUGGUGCCAGGAAUUCCGAGUUCAUCCAACACACGCAAGUGUGUGCUCACGUUGGACGGGUAUAGCUACGUGAUCGUUGCAUCUUCGCCGGAUCGAAGGGUGACGAGAGACGAUAUUGCAGUGUCCUCGCCCGGUGCAUCUCAAAACGCGAACGCGACCACGAGUUGCGCUGGUACAGCGUCCUCCCGAUUGCACAAUCCCUCCUCGCCUGGUCGAAAUGGCCAGCUAUCGAAACAAGGCACGCUAACGAUAGUGCGACGAAGUUCCGGCAAGAAUAAAUGUAUCAGCGGCGGAAGUUUCGAAAGUUCUCCGCCGCCGCACAGUCCAGACACUCUCUCGUCAAGCCAGUCCGUGGAUCUCGACGAGAUACUUGAUAAUGUCGAUCUGACGACGGAUUCGCUACCUGCCGUUGACACCCCCGACGCUUGCGACAAAGCUGCUCUCAGGCUCAGGUGCCUGCUCAGGCAGUUACAACAUGGCGAAAUAUCCGCAGAACUGCUCCAACGAAAUUUGCACUACGCCGCACGCGUGCUGGAAGCCGUCUUCCUGGAUGAAACCAAGGUGAAUUCAGGAGGGGUUGAGUGCUCCCGGUCGUCGCGCCGAGGCGCGGACCUGUCAUCGUCAUCCCUUGGGAGCGGCUUGGACACGGACGGACCACAGGGCCACGCGGUGGUAACCCAGAAACGGAAGCUUCGCACCCCCAUAUGGGCAAGAGACACCGCCGAGCGUGUGGAGUCGACCGCCACUUGCCGUCAACGUAUACGCCGUAGGCGGCUGGCCGACGAGGAUGACGAACUCUCGGAGGUGCAACCGGACGCGGUGCCGCCGGAGGUACGCGAGUGGCUGGCGUCAACGUUCACCAGGCAGCUCGCUACUACCAGGCGGAAGGCCGACGAGAAACCAAAGUUCCGCUCGGUCGCCCACGCGAUCAGAGCUGGGAUCUUCGUCGAUCGGAUCUACAGGCGGGUGACGAACACCGCGCUCAUGCAGUUCCCGCAGGAGGUGGUCAAAGUGCUCAAGACUUUGGACGAAUGGUCGUUCGACUUGUUUUCGUUGAGCGAGGCGGCGAUGGGCCAGCCGGUCAAGUAUCUCGGAUAUGAUUUACUAAAUCGAUAUGGGAUGAUCCAUAAAUUCAAAGUACCAGCGACGGUGCUGGAAUGCUUCUUGGGGAGGGUCGAGGAGGGUUACUGCAGGCAUCGGAAUCCGUACCACAAUAAUCUACAUGCAGCUGAUGUCGCGCAGACCAUGCAUUACAUCUUAUGCCAAACGGGACUUAUGAAUUGGCUGACCGACCUAGAGAUAUUCGCUACACUGGUGGCCGCGAUUAUUCACGAUUACGAGCACACUGGGACCACAAACAAUUUCCACGUAAUGUCCGGCAGCGAUACGGCACUCCUCUAUAACGAUCGAGCUGUGCUCGAGAAUCACCACAUCUCCGCGAGCUUCCGGAUACUGAGAGAGGACGAGUGCAACAUACUGCAGAAUUUAUCGAGGGAGGAGUUCCGCGAGUUCCGAUCAUUGGUGAUCGACAUGGUACUCGCGACCGACAUGAGUUUUCACUUCCAACAGCUGAAGAACAUGAAGAACAUCCUCAGCCUGGCGGAGCCGAGCGUCGACAAGAGCAAGGCAGUCAGCCUCGUUCUCCACUGCUGCGACAUCUCGCAUCCGGCAAAAAGAUGGGAUCUUCAUCACAGAUGGACGAUGCAGCUGCUGGAGGAGUUCUUCAGGCAGGGUGACAAGGAAAAGGAACUCGGGCUGCCGUUCUCGCCGCUGUGCGAUCGCAACAAUACGCUGGUGGCCGAAUCGCAAAUAGGAUUCAUCGAGUUUAUCGUUGAGCCGAGCAUGCAGGUGUGCAGUGACAUGUUGGAGACGGUUCUCACUCCGUUGAACGUCAAGGAAAGUGUCGACGAGUCAAACAACGGUUCAAAUGAAAGAAGAUUCAAGAUCGGCAAGCCCUGGAUUCCUUGCCUCGCUGAGAACAAGAAAAUUUGGAAGGAACAAGCCGUUCGAGACGCGGAGGCUCGGGCGCAAAAGGAGCAGGAGCAGAAAGCGAGCAGUGAAAGCCGCGAGGACGGGGAUACGACGCAGACAGCGUCCGAGGAAUGAAAAAUCCGACGUGCCGUCGUGUUCUUCAGGAACAUAUGUAAUUUUAGGCUACGGAGAGGCUCAUGAAUUCACGCGUAGAGCAGUCACGUAUCUACCGUGCCGGAGUCUCAGUGGUAUAUGUAAACGCGACGAGCGACGUCAAGAAAGUGAUCUGGCUAAAUCAUUAAGCGGACGCGAGGAAGUACGAUUAUUCAAAGCCCGAUUCGUAUUCAACGUACAGGUUUGGAAUUCCGUGAGCAUGUACAUGUUAACAAACAGUUUUUGAUGGUAACAAAAGCGGCACGUAAUGUGAAUCCAAUUUUACAAUUGAUCAGAAAUGAGAAAAACGUUUCAGUUCCUCCUACAUUUUAUACGUGUGUUUUACAUUUGAUUUCGAGUAUUUGACGUCAACAGUGAGCAAUAUAUCAUUUAAGUAAAUAUAUUUGCCAUUGCAUUUUGCAUCUCAAACAAUUUAUAAUUUAAUCAAAAUCUAAUCCAUUUCAAACAUAGAAUGAUACUGAAUACAAAUAAUAUAAAUAUUUUUGAAUUUACUCAUUUUCUACGUGGAUUUUAUUAUUAGGUUGAAGUUAAUGAUUGAUCGAAAGCUGCUUGCGAGGAAUAUACAGAAGACGAAGUCCUUAUGGCUAAUACGAUUCGAAUGUAAAAAGAAUACUCCUGUGACUAUUUAUACCAUUUAUUUAUCGCGUUUAUACACGUCAUCGAUUCUCGUCGUUACCCUUUUUAUCACUCGACCGAACCAUCCCUUUCGCAGAUCUAUGUCUUGUAUUUCUCGUCUCGGUUUUCCUCGCGAUCGACACAAAGCACGUCGCAUUGUUCACUAUGCUUGUCAAAGUUCACGAGACGCUACGUUGCCGUCAAGCAGGUCCAGAUUCGUACCUCCACAGUAAUUUAACUUUGAGAUGAACGCUUUGAUCAGUCAUCAAACAAUUAACAAUGUCAAACGAAUUAAGUUUAUUUAAUUAUAUGUACGUAACGAAUGAAAUAAGUUCUUACGUCUCUUGUCUAUUUCCAUAAAGCGCAUUAAUUCAUUCAAUGUCAAAUUAUAAAAUAGUACUUUGAACCAAUUUAAUGUAAUCGAAGAAAGUAGAUUAUAAAAGAGUCAGUCGUCACUUUCCGAGCUUAUCUCGCGCAUAUAUUACUAUUCGAAACAUAUAAUAGAAAUUAUAGAUCGUUGAGUUUUCAUCGUAAGGGUAGCCUAAAAUUACUGAAAUGCUGCAGUAGGCGGCGAAAAUCGAGCACACAUUAAUACACACAAGAAAGGAAGUAAAGGAAACGAGAAAACCGUACGUACUUAGAGCACAAUCGCCCGUUCUCGAUUAAGUGCUAACGAGUGUUGAAGGGACGCUAAUUAUAAUAGUAAUAAUAUUAAUAAUGGUAAUGAUAAUGUCGUCGACGGGUUUUCCGUAGCGUACCGCUCAAUGGGAACGCUGUCUUUGUCCGUACCUGUUUUUUCUUACAAUUAGUGUGUAACUAUCAGCGUACGUCUCUUCAUAGGAACGAAGACUUUCAUCUUUGAAGAAACGAGCAACAUGAUAACAAAUCCACUCGUUAGUUAUAACAAUUUCUCAUGUCUUUCUUCACAAUGUCUACAUUUGUCUUCACCCCAAAUAUUCCAUAUUUACAUUUUUAUUCAGUUAGUAACGGAGUAACUAUACACUUACAAAUAGACUGCGUAUUUUAAUGCAUUUAGCAUGAACAUACUAAAUUCUAAACAACACAGUAUUCAAAAAUAUAGAAAAUAUUAGAAGCAAAGUCCAUGAUACUAUAUUUGAGUGAAAACAAUAUAUAUAUCAAUCCCAUUUUUUGAUUAUUUAUUCCAAACAUUAUUUUUCGGCUGCCUACUUUUAAGGUACAUAAAUUAGAACCUGUCCUUUGAUUUUUUUUUUGCAAAGAUCAAGAGACUUAAAAUUCUUCAUCAAACUCUUACGAAUUUUAGAACGAAUUCUCUGAAUCACUUGUGUUUGUUUUUACAUAAAAUAAAAAGUCGAUCGGUUCAUCAAUCGAUCCGUCGCACAAGCGUCGAAAUUAAACACGAUGUCGCAUCAAGUUGAAAGUCUUCGGGCUAAGAACGCCGAGCCCCAUGCCGGUUUUUCUCGAUACGGGUGUGAAUUUCUCCGCGACAAGAGGAAAUUUCGCCUGCUUUCCAAAAUCUAGAUUUUCAUCAAAACCCUCUAAGACGAUCCAAUUUCUCCGAUUUAAUUUGUAAAUUGUGAAAGAGCACGAAAUUUUUAUUAUAAUAUUUUUCCUAUGCCAAGAAAAUGAAACACUUCAAGGUACGAGAUGAUAUAUUAAAGUUUAAUUAAUUGAAAUGAAUCCAUUAUGUCAUGAUGGAUUAAUAAAGUAAAUUAUGAAUCUAUUAUGUAUUAUUGAAAGCAAUAAUCGUAAAUUAUGUGUCCAGGAUAUAAUUUGUAAUUCUUUUCUUCUUUAUAAUCAUUAAUCAUGAUCUCCAGGACAUUUGCAGCAGACUUAAAUUUAUUAAACAAAUCAUGCUUCAAUGAAAGUCGCUGUAAAAUAAAA